AUGAGUCGACAUGACCGAGAUGCAUUCAUCGACUACGCACGGCUGGAUGGAAACAUUCGGAGAGUGAGGGAUAAGCUGAAGCGGCCAUUAACGUACAGCGAGAAGGUUCUCUACAGCCACAUCGACAACAUCGACGAAGCGGACAUUCGUCGUGGCGACUCGUAUCUCAAAUUGCGUCCGGCUCGAGUCGCUUGCCAAGAUGCCACCGCCCAGAUGGCCAUGAUCCAGUUCAUGUCGGCUGGUCUGCCCAAGUUUGCUGUCCCCACCACAGUUCAUUGCGAUCAUUUGAUUGUGGCGAAGGAUGGAAAGGAUAGCGACUUGACCAACGCUGGUGAAGCGAACAAGGAGGUCUAUGACUUCUUGCGUAGCGUCUGUGCGAAGUAUGGGGGCGGAUUCUGGGAGCCAGGUGCUGGCAUCAUUCACCAGACCGUCCUCGAAAACUACGCCUACCCCGGCGGACUAAUAAUCGGAACUGACUCACAUACACCCAAUGGAGGCGGGCUUGGCAUGGCUGCCGUUGGUGUGGGCGGUGCAGAUGCGGUGGACGUUAUGUCUGGGCUUCCUUGGGAAUUGAAGACACCGAAAGUCAUCGGAAUUCGAUUGACCGGAACGCUCAGCGGGUGGACAGCCCCGAAAGACAUCAUAUUGAAGCUAGCAGGACUAUUGACUGUCAAAGGUGGGACUGGAAGUAUCGUGGAAUACUUUGGCCCAGGAGUAGAUUCUCUUUCUUGCACUGGCAUGGCCACCAUAUGCAACAUGGGCGCAGAAACAGGUGCAACGACAUCCAUAUUUCCGUACACCCAAACUAUGGGUCGCUAUCUUCAAGCAACAUCCCGUAGUUGGAUAGAAGAGGGUCUUAGGCCGUGGCAGCACAACUUGCGAGCGGAUGAAGGAGCUGAAUACGAUCAGGUGUUGGAAAUUGAUCUGUCCUCGCUGGAGCCUCAUAUCAACGGACCCUCGACGCCUGACCUUGCCACACCCCUUUCGAGCUUCAAAGAGGAACGAGAGAAAAGCGGACAGCCAAACGAAUUGAGCGCUGGUCUUGUCGGGUCUUGUACUAACUCGUCUUUUGGAGAUCUCAGCCGGGCGUCGUCGUUACUGCAACAAGCCAUCGACGCGGGCUUGAAGCCUCGUGCGCCGCUGAUGCUAUCCCCAGGCAGUGAGAACACAAAGCGCACGCUCGGUGAUGCGGGAAUCUUGGACGUCUUCGAAAAUGCAGGCACGACGUUACUUGCCAACGCAUGUGGACCUUGCUGCGGGUCUUGGGAUCGUACAUCUGUGCAAAAGGGAAGCGUCAACUCCGUAAUCACAUCUUAUAACCGAAACUUCACCGGCCGUCUCGACGGUAAUCCAGCCACGGCCAUCUACGUGGCGUCCCCUGAAAUGGUUGUCGCUAAGUCGAUAGCUGGCAAGCUCGAUUUUGAUCCCACGAUUGACAGCAUUCCUCUUCCUGACGGAACAGACUUCAAGUUCCAGCCUCCCCCUGCGGAGCUCCUCCCACCAAAUGGCUACGUCCAGGCUGACUACGUCCUCACGAAACCACCAGUCGACCCUCGUCAAGUGGAGAUUGCGUUAUCGCCCGAUUCGGAUCGUAUUCAACUUCUCGAACCGUUUAGGCCAUGGUCUGGACACGAUUACGAAGAUCUCCCUAUUCUAAUCAAAGUGGAGGGAAAGUGUACUACAGAUCACAUAACGCCUGCAGGGCCUUGGUUCCGCUAUCGAGGACAUCUUGACAACAUCUCCAACAACACCCUCAUUGGAGCCAUCAACGCGGCGAACAAGGAGGUCAAUACUGUCCAGAAUGUCUUCACCGGCAGAUGGGAUGGAGUCUCAGCUACUGCACGAGAGUACAAGUCACGAGGCCAACAGUGGGUUGUCAUUGCGGAUCACAACUAUGGCGAGGGCUCGUCACGAGAGCAUGCGGCGUUGCAACCCAGAUUCCUCAAUGGCGUAGCAAUCAUCGCAAGGUCAUUUGCUCGAAUCCACGAGACCAACCUGAAAAAGCAAGGGAUGUUGCCGCUCAUAUUCGCCAAUCCCGCCGACUAUGAUCGCAUAGAUCCGAAAGACCGCAUUAGUCUCAACGGACUUGCAAGCGUCGGCAAAGGAGAGCCCGUGACCAUGCUUGUUGUCAAAGAGAACGGUGAAAAAUGGACCAUAGAACUCCAGCACACGUUCAAUCCAGAGCAAUAUGAGUUCUUCGUCGCAGGUAGCGCGCUGAAUUUGAUGAAUCAACGAAAGGGUUAG